AUGGCGGACGAAGUCAGCAAGAACUUUGAGACACUGCAGCUUCAUGCUGGGCAGGAGCCGGACCCAACGACCAAGUCGCGGGCUGUCCCCAUUUAUGCCACCACUAGCUACACCUUUGACAACUCGGAGCAUGGCGCCAGGCUUUUUGGUCUCAAGCAGUUCGGCAAUAUCUACAGCCGUAUUGGCAACCCAACUGUAGGCGUGUUCGAGCAACGCAUUGCCGCGCUCGAGGGCGGAGUGGCCGCUGUGGCAGCGGCAUCCGGGCAGGCCGCACAGUUCAUGACAAUCUCGGCUCUCGCAGUGGCCGGCGACAACAUUGUGUCGACCUCGAACCUUUACGGUGGCACCUACAACCAGCUGAAGGUCCUCCUGCCCCGGUUCGGCAUCAAGACCAAGUUCAUCGAGGGCGACAGGGCUGAGGACUUUGCGGCGGCCAUUGACGACAAGACCAAGGCUGUCUACAUUGAGAGCAUUGGCAACCCGAGAUACAAUAUCCCGGACUUUGAGGCGAUCGCCAAGGUCGCCCACGAAAAGGGCGUCCCCGUUGUGGUCGACAACACUUUCGGUGCAGGCGGCUUCUUUGUCCGCCCUAUCGACCACGGCGCGGACAUUGUCGUGCACUCUGCGACCAAGUGGAUCGGCGGUCACGGCACCACGAUUGGUGGCGUGAUCGUUGACAGCGGCAAGUUCGACUGGGGGAAGCAUGCCUCGCGUUUCCCGCAGAUGGUCGAGCCUGCCGAGGGCUACCAUGGGCUCAAGUUCUGGGAGACGUUUGGACCCAUCACCUUUGCUAUUCGUGUGCGGGUCGAGAUCCUGCGUGACCUCGGAGCGGCCUUGAACCCGUUUGCGGCGCAGCAGCUGCUUCUGGGCAUCGAGACGCUCUCCCUGCGCGCCGAGAGGCACGCGUACAACGCGCUCAAGCUGGCCAAGCACCUCGAGGCGAGCCCCUACGUAAGCUGGGUGUCGUACCCGGGACUCGAGAGCCACAAGAGCCAUGAGCUGGCCAAGAAGUACCUGAAGCGCGGCUUCGGCGGCGUUCUCAGCUUUGGCGUCAAGGGCGGUGGUGCCGCGGGCAGCCAGAUUGUCGACGGCUUCAAGCUCAUUUCCAACCUGGCCAACGUGGGGGACAGCAAGACGCUGGCGAUUCACCCCUGGACGACGACGCACGAGCAGCUCUCGCACGAGGAGAGGAUUGCCUCUGGCGUGACGGAGGAUCUGAUCCGCAUCUCUGUUGGCACCGAGCACAUUGACGACAUCAUUGCCGAUUUUGAGCAGUCUCCCGCCACGAUGCGCUCAACCACCUUCUGGAGCGCUGCAACCAGCCUGCUCCCCUUCCUCCCCGCGACGGCCGCCGCGGCCGCCGCCGGACUCACAACCUCCGUCAAGCUCGCGAUCCCCGCCUCGCAGCAGAUCCCGAACCCAAACGCGCUCCCGGCCUCGACGCACGCCACCCUCACGACCAUCGGCCUCCCGCCGCGCUCCGCCCCGCUCACGGCCGCCAACACGUUCGUCUUUGACAACCUCACCGCGGGCUCGUACCUCGCCGACAUCCACUGCCCGCUGUACGGGUUCGCCCCUCUCCGCGUGGACGUGGGACUUUUCGAGGACGCGCUCAAGGUGAGAGUCUGGGAGACGUACCGCGGCAACGACUGGGAGAACAAGGGCGAGGAGAUCCCCGCGAAGAAGGUCGCCACGGCCACGGCCGCCGCCCCGGGGGUGGUGUACGAGGCGAGGGUGCUUGGUGGGAAGGUGUUCUUCCAGGAGCGAGCUAGCUUCUCCGUCUUCGGCAUUCUCAAGAACCCCAUGAUCCUCAUGGGCAUCGUCAGCUUGGCCAUGUUCAUCGGCGUGCCCAAGCUCAUCGAGAACAUGGACCCAGAGACCCGCGCCGAGUUCGAGGCCACUCGCAAGGAGAACCCCAUGGCCAGCCUGCUAGGCGGCGGUGGAGGCGGCGGUGCUGGAGGCGCUGGUGGUGCCGGGGGCCCGGCAAACUUUGACAUGGCGGGCUUCUUGUCCGGGCACAGCGCGAGCAAGAACAACGGCGGCAGCGGCGCUGGUAGUGGAAACGCCAGUGGUGCAGAGGGCGGCAGCAGCAGCGCGGAGGUCGAGGGAAGUGCUGGUGGUGGUGCCAAGGGCAGCGGCAAGAAGAGGCGGUAG